UGAUUAUAAUCACAGUUGGAGCGGCGUGAGUGAAUAAAGAAUUCAAAACUAUUACUAAUGAACUUUCUCAAGCAUAAACCAAAAUCAAAUCCACUGUUUAUUCAUUCAAUUAUGUAUAAAAAUCAGUCUCUUCACUAGUUCACUUCUUUCAAACCCUCACUAUAAGAUCACCGUAGCCACUUCCACCAACCCUCCGCCGAUUCUCAACUCUCCUUCCCGCCAUGCGCCGCUUCUCUCUAAUCCCAAGCCUACGCCUAUAUUUCCUUCAUCCUUCUUGGCCCCUGCUCGCCUCAUGAUGACUACGGUGUGGUGGUUCCGCACGAGCCGCCGUCGUUGUCUUCUUCUCUUGCUUUGCUCCCCUCUUCUGGUCCCCAUUCUCUGCGCUACUUUCCCUCUGCUUUGUUUGGCUGAAGUCUUCUUUCGGAUUUACCGGAGGAGUAGCAGCGGAAAAGCUACGGCGGCGCAAGAAGAUGAGGAGAACCGGUUGCGGCAGUGUGAAGAAGGUUGUUACGGCGACAGAAAAGCGAUGGAAGCUUGGCUGUUGCAAAGGUAUUUGGAAGAUCAACUGGCACUCGUUGGAUCUGUUUAUGAUUGCGGCGAUGAUUUAGAUGAUCAAGAUCUUGACAGUAAAAGACCACUUUUGAGCUGAUUUUAGCUGUUGCUUCUUUUACUCUGUGUAAAUUAUGCCAUUGAUUUUAA